CCCUGCGCGCGGCUCCCGCGCCCGCGGGGUCAGGCGGCGGCAGCGGUGGCGGCGGGACCGAGCGCGGUGUCCCCGCAGCGCUGCCCCCGCAGCGGCUCCGCCCCGCGCCCCGGCCGCGAUGGAGCGCGGCGCGGCCGCGCUGAUCCGCGAGGGCUGGUUCCGAGAGACCUGCCGGCUCUGGCCCGGCCAGGCCAUGUCGCUGCAGGUGGAGGAGCUGCUGCACCACCAGCGCUCCCGCUACCAGGAGAUCCUCGUGUUCCGCAGCACCACCUACGGCAACGUCCUGGUCCUGGACGGGGUGAUCCAGUGCACGGAGCGGGACGAGUUCUCCUACCAGGAAAUGAUCGCCAACCUGCCCCUCUGCAGCCACCCCGACCCCCGCAAGGUGCUGAUCAUCGGCGGCGGCGACGGGGGAGUGCUGCGAGAGGUGGUCAAACACCCCACCGUGGAGUCCGUGGUGCAGUGCGAGAUCGAUGAGGAUGUGAUCCAGGUAUCCAAAAAAUACCUCCCAGGGAUGGCAGUGGGAUAUUCCAGCGCUAAGCUGACCCUGCAUGUGGGAGAUGGUUUCGAGUUCAUGAAACAAAAUCAAGAAGCCUUUGAUGUGAUUAUCACAGACUCGUCUGACCCCAUGGGUCCUGCAGAAAGCUUAUUCAAAGAAUCUUACUACCAGCUGAUGAAGACAGCCCUGCGAGAGGAUGGGAUUCUCUGCUGCCAAGGUGAGUGCCAGUGGCUGCACCUGGAUCUCAUUAAGGAGAUGCGUCAGUUCUGCAAGUCUCUGUUCCCGGUGGUGGAAUACGCCUAUUGCACCAUCCCCACGUAUCCCAGCGGGCAGAUUGGCUUCAUGCUCUGCAGCAAGAACCCGAACACGAAUUUCCGGGAGCCCGUGCAGCGGCUCUCGCAGCAGCAAGUGGAGGAGAGGAGUCUGAAGUACUACAACUCUGACAUCCACCGGGCAGCCUUCAUCCUGCCCGAGUUUGCACGGAAGGCGCUGAGCGAUGUGUGAGACUGAGAAGCUGCUUCCUUCCUUCAAGGUGGACCCUGAGAUCGUCAGUGAUGUGGUUGGGACCUUCCCAGCAGACUGCAGAUUUGCUCUCCACUGUGUGGGAUCGUUUAACCCUUUGCCAGCCAACAUUCCCUUUGAUGUGUAACAGAUGAUGGGGCAUGAGCCAGAUAAGACUAUUGAAAAGGUCCAGUGACUUAUUGCGUGAGGUCAGAACUGUUCUUUCCAGUGCUGGAAACGUAAGGUGUCUUCAUCCUCUCUCUCCUCCCUGCACCCACCCUAUAUCCCCCCAUCCCUGCACCCCCCGUCCCACCUCCACCCCCAACUGACAUGAUGUAUUUAUAACUGACACACAUUUCUGUCUGGUGAUCUGGGAAGAGUCCAAAGGGUCCCUGACUCGGCCUUAAGCACAGAGGGUGAGAGCUCUGUGCACAGUGAGCUCGCUCUCCUCGUGGGAGCUCCUGCUGCUGAGACAUUUGACUGGUGACGGGUCUGAGCCUCCGUGUCCCACUGCCCUCCUGUGACACCCGCACUGCUCUGCAGCACGGCUGGAGAAGUCACAGUGCAAACUGUUGCCAUUCACAAUAGGUCUCCCUCCAACCCUGAUGGAGUAGCAGUAUUAAACACCAGCCAGGCAGGCUGGCAGCAAAGUC